AUGGCAGACGAUACCUCACGAAACAACGACCGGAUUGAGACUGAGGUCGAGAAGGAGGGGACUGAGAACUUGGAGCAUGUGACUGAGAUUCAAAAUGUCGUUCCUCACAUUGAUCCUGCUCGCAGGAUUGUCGUUGAGAAGAGCCUGAAGCGCAAACUUGAUGCCCGGUGCAGCUUGUUUGUUCUCAUCUACAUCAUGAACUAUCUCGACCGCAACAACAUCUCUGCGGCCCGAUUGAAGGGUCUGCAGACUGAUUUGAACCUCACCGACACACAGUACUCGACCUGUCUGAGUAUUCUAUAUGUUGGAUACAUCUUGAUGCAGGUGCCCUCGAACAUGUUUAUCAACCGCAUCUCGCGCCCAUCAAUCUAUAUCGCCUGCUCCAUGACCCUGUGGGGUCUGAUCUCUACAUGCUCCGGAUUGGCAAAGAACUUCAGCCACAUGGUCGCUAUUCGAUUCCUGCUGGGUUUCGUUGAGGCUGCCUUCCUCCCUGGUGCUCUCCUUAUCCUCUCGAAGUGGUAUACCCGCAGGGAGUUGACUACCCGAAACGCUAUUCUGUUCUGUGGUAACCUGAUUUCCAAUGCCUUCUCCUCGCUCGUCGCUGCUGGUGUCUUGUCCAACAUGCAAGGUGUCCUGGGCCACGCCGCCUGGCGCUGGCUCUUCUGGAUCGAGGGUGCUAUUACCAUGACUAUUGCCCUCUCCUCUGCCUUCAUCUUGCCUGAUCUGCCUACCAAUGCUCGCGGAUUCACCGAGGAAGAGCUUCUUGUUGCGCAGCUUCGUAUCAUGGAGGAUGUUGGUGAGGCUGAUACCGAUUCCAACGAACAGAGCCCCUACUCUGGACUCAUUAUGGCCCUGAAGGAUUUCAAGAUCUACGUUAUGAUGUUGUCUUUCACUGCCUAUGUCGUCGGACUGUCCUUCAACGCCUUCUUCCCCACUCUCACCGGCACUCUUGGUUUCUCAUACGUCCCUACCCUGCUCAUGAGUGCUCCCCCAUGGGUCUUCUCCUGUAUCUUCUCCGUCCUGAACGCCUGGCACGCAGACAGAACCCAAGAAAAGAUCUGGCACAUCUACGGCCCUCUAUUCAUGGGAAUCGUCGGUUUCGUCAUCAGCAUGUCAACGCUCAACGUUGCAGCCCGUUAUGUCGCCCUCUUCCUCCAAGCAGGCUCCUACGCCGGCUUCAUCGUUUUCUACUCCUGGAUCAGUUCCUCAUUCCCCCGACCUCCCGCCAAGCGAGCCGUUGCUCUCGCCCUGAUCAACGCAUUCAGUCAGCUUGGUAACGUCGCCGGCUCGUACGUGUGGGAUCUCUCCGAUAACGGAUACCGCAAGAGUUACGGAAUCGUGACUGCUAUGUUCGGUAUUACUAUUGUUGGCUUCUGGGGAUUCAGAAUGAUCCUUGUCAACCUCAACAAGAAGCUUGAGCAGAGUGAGGCUGAGUAUAAUGCUGGGCAUCCUGAUGCCCAGACCAGUGGUUCGGACUUUAUUGAGAGUGCCGAUGAGUCUUUGCGGGUGCGCAAGGGUUUCAGGUAUCUUGUUUGA